AUCAGCAUUAAUGUUUGAAAGUGCCUGUCCUCGAGUUUCACAUCCUCUCGCUCUCGGUUAUGUCCGCAUAGACACAAACAUGGGAUUAAUUCACGCUCUCCGCGGCUUCAUCAAAUCGUUGUUGGUCGUUCUUUUGUGGUGCAAAUGCCAGGGUCGCGAGUCCGAGUUCAACUAUGUCACCUGCGGUUCACUUGUGAAAUUGCUGAACACGAGACACAACGUUCGGCUGCACUCCCAUGAUGUCAAAUACGGCUCAGGCAGUGGGCAGCAGUCUGUGACGGGCGUGGAGAGUGCAGAUGACGCCAACAGUUACUGGAGGAUUCGGGGGAAGCCCAACAGGACCUGCCAACGCGGCGUGCCCAUCCAGUGUGGGCAGGCCAUCCGCAUCACGCACAUGACCACGGGACGUAACCUCCACACACACCACUUCAGCUCGCCGCUGUCCAACAACCAGGAGGUGAGUGCGUUCGGUGAGAACGGCGAGGGGGAUGACCUGGACGUGUGGAAGGUGCAGUGUGACGGCUCCAUCUGGGAGCGGGACGAGGCAGUGCGCUUCAAGCACGUCGGCACCGACGCCUUCCUGACCGUGACGGGCGAGCAGUUCGGCCAUCCCAUCCGCGGGCAGAGGGAGGUGCACGGCAUGGGCACUGCCAACCAGAACAACUACUGGAAGGCUAUGGAGGGUGUCUUCAUUCAGCCCAGCCAGGAGCCGCUGAGACACAAUCAUGAAGAGUUCUGAUGACGUCAUCAACACUGCACCACGACAAGCUCUGAUGACGUCAUCAGACAUCACACAAUGUCACACCUCGGUUACAUCUGAAAUGAACCCUAUUCCCUAUUACAUAAUAUACACUGAGUGUACAAAACAUUAUUAAUAACUUCCUAAUAUUGACUUGCAACCCCCCCACCUACUAUCAUACCCUGUUCAAAGCCACUGAAAUAUUUUGUCUUGUCCGUUCACCCUCUGAAUGGCACACUUAGGGGGUGUGGUUGUGAGAUGUACAUGAUGUUUAUGGCUGCGAUGAAAACAUGUGGGUCGCAGCAGGUGUGAUGUUAUUGAUGUUUGUUGAAAUGUUUACUUUGUUUAUGUAUGGCUGUUAUUGUAAAUAAAAAAGUCUUGUACACACAGAUACACAAUCCAU